AAAAGGAUAGGAAAAUGGAGGGAUAAAAGGGAAGCGAUCACGAUAGUUUAUUGGUAGCUGAGGAGCGGUCCGCAGCCUUAUCCUUCCCUCCGCAUCCCCGCAAUGCCCGGCGGCCGCGUCCUUCGGAGCUUAUUCUGCACGGGCCAUAGCGGAGCCCAUCGGGGUCAGCUCCUGCAGCCCCGGGGCCGCGCUACUCCCGCACGUCGAACCCCGGGGCUGCGCCGGAGGGGAGCACAGCCCGCCCGGCGGGUACGGCCGUGCCGAGCGCCUCUCCCCGGCCGCAGUAGCCCCGGCGAGCCCCAGGCGAGGGCGGGCAGCGGAGAUCGGAGCCGAGCGCAGCGGGCAGGGUGUUCCCUUUCCGCGCUCACCUCCCUUUCCGUCGGUGACCCGCGGUUGAACCUGCAUCGGGAGGCCGAGACGGAGCGCUGCCCGCCGCUCCUUCUUCCGAGACCGGGCAGAAACACGAGCCGGGCCUUCCGAGCGGCGGAAAUUCCUGCAGAUGAAGCGCAGGAAAUACGGCUUCAUCUACAAGACUCAUCUCUUCGGGCGGCCCACGGUGCGGGUGAUGGGCGCCGAGAACGUGCGGCACAUCCUGCUGGGUGAGCACCGCCUGGUCUCCGUGCAGUGGCCCGCCUCGGUGCGCACCAUCCUGGGCUCGGGCUGCCUCUCCAACCUCCACAAUGGGCAGCACAAACACCGCAAAAAGGUGAUCAUGCAGGCCUUCUCCCGGGACGCCCUGCAGCACUAUGUGCCCGUCAUCCAAGAGGAGGUGAGUGCCUGCCUGGCACAGUGGCUGGGCGCCGGGCCCUGCCUGCUGGUGUACCCUGAGGUGAAGCGCCUCAUGUUCCGCAUCGCCAUGCGCAUCCUGCUGGGCUUCCAGCCCCGCCAGGCCGGCCCUGACAGCGAGCAGCAGCUGGUGGAAGCCUUCGAGGAGAUGAUCCGCAACCUCUUCUCCCUCCCCAUCGACGUGCCUUUCAGUGGGCUCUACCGGGGCUUGAGGGCACGCAACAUCAUCCAUGCCAAGAUUGAGGAGAACAUCCGUGCCAAGAUGGCCCGCAAGGAGCCUGAGAGUGGUUACAAGGACGCGCUGCAGCUGCUGAUGGAGCACACACAGGGUAACGGAGAGCAGCUCAAUAUGCAGGAGCUGAAGGAGUCUGCCACAGAGCUGCUGUUUGGGGGCCAUGAAACCACUGCCAGUGCUGCCACAUCGCUGAUUGCCUUCCUGGGGCUCCACCAUGAUGUUCUGCAGAAAGUGAGGAAGGAGCUGCAAGUAAAGGGCUUACUGUCUGGUCCCAACCAAGAGAAGCAAUUGGACAUGGAGGUCUUGGAGCAGCUGAAGUACACAGGCUGUGUUAUCAAGGAGACCCUCAGGCUGAGCCCUCCCGUUCCUGGAGGAUUCCGAAUAGCACUCAAGACCCUUGAGCUGAAUGGAUACCAGAUCCCCAAAGGCUGGAAUGUUAUUUACAGUAUCUGUGAUACCCACGAUGUGGCCGAUCUCUUUACUGACAAGGACGAGUUCAACCCAGACCGCUUCAUGUCUCCGUCUCCGGAGGACUCCUCUAGGUUCAGUUUCAUUCCUUUUGGUGGGGGCUUGAGGAGCUGCGUAGGCAAAGAGUUUGCAAAAGUCCUUCUAAAAAUAUUUACGGUGGAGCUGGCGCGAAGCUGUGACUGGCAGCUGCUAAAUGGACCUCCUACAAUGAAAACGGGCCCCAUAGUGUACCCUGUGGACAAUCUGCCUGCCAAAUUCAUAGGUUUCAGCGGCCAAAUCUGAGUGCUCAACACUUCCCUGCGGCUGGAUUUCUGUGUAACAUCUCAUAUGUACAUAGUAACUUUUUAUUGUAACGAAGGCCUUUAAAUAUUUAAACUUGUAAAUGUACAGUAGUUAUUUAUGUCUAAGUAUUUCAAAAGGCUGUGAUUUUUUUUUUCCCCAAGCACUACAAUUAUGGGUCGCUGAUUCAUAAUUAGAUAAUUUUAUUUCUAUAGAAAUAAGUUUUCCCCUAUUUAAAAAUCUUACUGCAAGCUGGCCAGAUACAUGUUUGACAAGACAUUUCACCAUGGUGUAUGCAUUCAGAAAUAUUCUCAAAGGCAUUUGGAACAACGGCAAGUAGCUAUCAUCCGAAUUAUCUAAAUCAUUAUGGUUUGAGGUUUUCAGUAUUAUUUGUGUCUAGACCUCAUGUCUAAUGUGUGAAUUUUAAGUUUGAUAAUAAAGUUUAUUUUUGAAGAUC